CCCGCUUUACAUCGCGUUGGUAGGAGGAGUGGGAAUCACAAGCAACGCUCCGCUGCCGGAGAGUUGGAAAGCAGAGAUUUUUCAACAACAAUAAAGCGUUUAUUUGUCUUUUCUUUUUAAGAUGACGUUAGUCAGAGUUCAUUCGGGUACAUCCUAGGAAGUUCUCCGAGGAGAGAAAGAUUAUGCUGUAAAUGUAUCAAGAACCUGGAGCCAAGCAUGAAAAAGGCGACCAAGCCCACGGCUGCCUCCUCCAGAACCUCAGGAGGCUCUAAAGCCCCAGGCAGACCAGAGGGAAGCAGCAUUAUGGGCACAGGUGGCAAGAUGACUAACAAAACUCAGAGUUCAGCUCCACUGCCUAAGGCAAAGAGUAAUGAUGAUCUCCCAGCGGUGAGCAGUGGAGCUGUAUCCGUUAGCAACAGUAACACUUCUGCUAGAAACAAGAGAGGGAGCUCCUCUCAGAACACCAACAGCACUGACACCAAGUCGAAGACCAGUUCAGGUCUUUCAGGAAAGCGUGCCAUGUCAUCCACAGUCAAGGAUCCAGGCACGACCCGAGAGAACUUGCGAGAACGCACCAGAGCUAGUGUUGCCAAAAAGCUUGUUGCACCCACAGAUGCCAUGCUUCCAAAAAGAUCACGAUGCGGUACCCUAGCAGAGACAGAUUCUCGGACAAGCAAAUCUCGCUCAGACAACCAGAUAAGCCAUAAAGCAGUGCUGGAGUGUCAAGUGAAGGACCUGCUUGGCUUAGCCAAGACCAAAGACCUGGAGAUCCUCCAUCUCCGCUCUGAACUUAAAGGUAUGAAGGCUCAGCUUGGUCUGGAAGUACUUGAGGCCCCUAAUCCAGAACAAGUAUCUCAAGACAACAAGCAGCCUCAGGAGAAAGAGGUUUCUUCUGUGAUCAGUGCCACAGAUGUAGAGUCCACUCUCCUCCUCCUUCAAGACCAGAACCAGGGCAUCCUUGAUGAGCUAAAUAUGCUGAAGAGUGAAAACCGGAUGCUGAAGGAUCGUCUAAAUGCUCUCGGCUUUUCUCUGGAGCAUCGUCUAGACAGCCCUGUCAAAGGUCUGUGCUGCCUGUCCCUCAGUCCUGAGCCUGUAGCUGCUGGCUACAGUGGAGGUCACUGUGAACACAGGGGUGGUGGUAUGUGUCCAUCUUCUGCAGAAGGCUCUGCCCAAGGCUCUAUAGAGGACCUGCUGUCAGAAACAAGACGUUUAGGCCCUCCUGAUGCAUUGGACAGUGAGUGCAGUGAGGCCUACCAGCCGAUCACCUCCAGCGAUGAUGCUCUGGAUGUGCCUUCAGGUUGUGGAUCGUCUUCUGAAUCAGAAGGAGGGCCACCGAGCCGGGAACAUUCCCGCAGGGGCAGCAGUGGGAACACUAGUGAAGUUUCCAUGGCCUGCCUGACUGAGCGCAUCCAUCAAAUGGAGGAGAACCAGCACAGCACGGCAGAAGAACUCCAGGCCACUCUGCAGGAGCUUGCUGACCUGCAGCAGAUCAUACAAGAGCUGACCACAGAGAAUGAACGCCUGGGUGAGGAGCGUGCCAUUCUGGUUGACUCCCUCUGUCAACAAGGGGAGCGUCUGGAACUAUACGGAAGACAGCUGGACUACUUCCGUGGCCUGCUGGAUGAGCAUCGAGUGGCCUACGCCAAGGAUGAAGAUGCCAAAAGCGUCCGAUAUGUGGAGCUGGAAAGGCGCUACGCCGAGCUGAACGAUGGCUCACAUUUUGAGCGGGAGCAGCUGCUGGGUGUUCAGCAACAACUAAGCAGUGCUCUCAAGAUGGCAGAACAGGAGAAUGCAGAAGCCCAAGGCCUGAUGGGAGCAUUGAAGGAGCGUGUCCAUGUGGCGGAGAGAGCUGUGGAAAUGGAGCGGAGGGAGCAGGCAGUUGCCAAUGCGGAGCUGGAAGCGCUGAGGGUAGUGUCCGAAGGGGGGCAGGUGGAGCUGAAUCGCUGCAGGAUCCAACUUGAGCAAGAGCGGCAGAGAGUUGCCCAGCUCCUCUCCAUUCACAACGCAGGGGAUAAAACAGACAUCCGCUACCUGCUGGACAGCGAGAGAUUAGACAAAGAGCGUGCAGAGGCCAAAGCAGCUCAGUUACAAGAGGAAUUGGGGUACACACGCAGUGAAGCUGCCCAGCUCCAGGACGCAAUUUGCAAGCUUGAGGGUGAGUUCCGAGCAUUUCGUGAUGAUGUCCAGGCACAGUUAGUGGAGCAGAAGCAGCUCCUGGAGCAGCAGUGCUCUGAGCUAGAGGAGAAGGAUACUGAGAUCGCUGACAUGAAGGAGACCAUCUUUGAGCUAGAGGAUGAAGUCGAGCAGCAUCGUGCUGUCAAGCUCCAUGACAACCUCAUCAUUUCUGACCUGGAGAAUUCUAUCAAAAAAUUACAUGAUCAGAAAUAUGACAUGGAGAAAGAGAUUAAAGUUCUUCACAGAAAAUUGCGGGAGGAAUCAGCAGAGUGGCGUCAGUUCCAAGUUGAUCUGCAAACAGCGGUUGUAAUCGCCAACGAAAUCAAGACAGAAGCUCAGGAGGAGAUCGGAGACCUGCGUCGCCGCUUACAUGAAGCUCAGGAUAAAAAUGAGAAGAUUAACAAAGAGCUGGAUGAACUAAAGAGCAAGAACCAGGAAGAGGAGCGUGGCCGAGUGUAUAAUUAUAUGAAUGCCGUGGAAAGAGACUUGGCCGCACUGAGGCAGGGGAUGGGCCUGAGCAGACGGUCCUCCACUUCCUCUGAACCUUCACCCACAGUCAAAACACUCAUCAAGAGCUUCGACAGCGCCUCACAAGGUCCUGUUCCAGCUAGUCCUGCCGCUGCUGCUGAUGUUGCUGCUGCUGCCGCUGCCGCUAUUUCCAGAACGCCUCUCAGUCCCAGUCCCGUCAAAACCCCUCCAGCCGCUGCUGUCUCUCCUAUGCAGAGGCACACCAUAAGCUCAGUCAAACCUCUGUCGUCAGCGCUGGACAAGAGGCCGAGCUACACAGACCUGAGCAUACCAGCAGACCACCUCCUCCGGACCUCACCUGUAACACGCCCCAGUUGCAGCCUCCAGAGGGGGACAAACAUAGAUUCAACUAAGUCCAUAUCAGUUUCUCGCAGAAGCAGCGAAGAGUUAAAGAGAGAUUUGUCGGUAACCGAUGCAUCAACGGCAUCUUCAGUCCUCGCGCUGGGCUCGUCUUCUCCCCAGCUGUCUUUAUCGUCCAACUGCUCCUCCCCGACUGCCUCUGUCACGCCCACCACACGAGGACGUUUACGAGAGGAACGGAAGGACCCUCUGUCUGCGUUAGCCAGGGAAUAUGCAGAAUCCAAGAGGAAUGCUCUGCUCAGGUGGUGCCAGAAGAAGACUGAGGGUUAUCAGAACAUUGACAUCACCAACUUCAGCAGCAGCUGGAAUGAUGGGCUGGCUUUCUGUGCCAUUCUUCACACCUAUCUGCCGGCACAUAUCCCUUACCACGAGCUCAACAGCCAGGACAAGAGGCGGAAUUUCACUUUGGCUUUCCAGGCAGCAGAAAGUGUGGGAAUUAAAUCCACACUGGACAUUGGUGAAAUGGUGCACACAGAAAGACCCGACUGGCAGAGCGUCAUGACCUACGUGACGGCCAUCUAUAAGUAUUUUGAGACCUGAGAAUCUUCUUGAACGGCUGUAUUGGCGGCUUCAGUCUUACCUCGGUUCCUUACUGUGGAAUGCUACUCCCAAGAUGCAACAAAAUUUCCCAGAGGCCUUAGCUGCGAACAGGGGAAGCUUGAUCGACUCUCAGCUUAUUGUUUUUCUUCCAGUCUUUUCCCAAAAUCCUUUAUGGCUGCAGAAACAGGCCAGAUCCUAGUAAGCUUCUCUGAACAGCACUUUUGAAGAGAAGUGGGAAGUCGGUGGGUUCAUGAGCCAGCAACUUCCUUUAAGAACUUUGCAACACUAUUUAUAGAAACAAUAAACAAACAAUACUUUAAAGUCUAUUGUGCCAACCGAGCAACAAAAGUGGGUAUCUCAGAAUACGAUUGCCUUUGAAAGAUGCCUUUUUUUUCUAGUUUUCUCAAAAGGAUAGCCUCACUAUGCCAGUAUUGGUCUUAGAUUAUCAUUAUUUAUUCCAAAGAGUGAUACCACAAAUGGUGGUUUUUGUUUUUCCUUAGCCUAAAUAAGCUCAAAUCUGUCUCGUUUGAUUUAUUUAGUAUUUCUUCUAAUAAAAAAGACAUUAAAGGAAUAGUAGUUAACCCAAAAAUGAAAGUUUGCUGACAAUUUAUUAACCCUCAGGCCAUCCAAUAUGUAGAUGAGUUGUUCUUUUUCUUCAUCACUUGCUCACCAAUGGAUCCUCUGCAGUGAAUGGGUGCCAUCAGAAAGGAUGUGUUGCUUACAAACAUGUUUUUUUUUUUCUCACCUCACACGGUGUUAUCUGAUGGACUGGAGUCAUGUGGAUUUAGUUGUGGAUUAUUGGGAUGCUUUUAUCAGCUGUUUGGCUCUCAUUCUGGCGGCACCCGUUCACUGAAGAGGAUCCAUUGGUGAGCUGGUGAUGUAAUGCUAAAUUUCUCCAAAUCUGUUCUGAUGAAGAAACAAGCUUAUCUACAUCUUGAAUGUCUUGAAGGUAAAUACAUUUGCAGCAAAUUUUUAUUUUGGGGUGAACUGUUACUUUAACGUUCAACCUAGUUCUUUUGAUAUCAAAAUGUUUUUAAUUUAGUUUUUAUACACUAAACGAAAGCUAAUUUUGAAUCUAAUGUCAUUUGUAAUGAAGCUGUUUGGAAAGACAUGUUUUUUUUUUCCUCAAUGCUCAUUCCAGCUGAUCUUCCGUCACUGAAAAUGCUGCAAGAGUUUUAUUUUUUUGUGUGUUUGUUUGAAAUAUCAGCACAGUCCUUUAUGUCAACGCACUACUAAUCCGUAUUUGACAUAUAAAGCGAGCUGAGUUCUAAAAGCUUGCUUAUUCAGAUUAAGUUUGUUAUAUGGGUGUACAAGCACAAAUAAAAAAAGGCUGAAUGUGUAUUCACUGGUAUGAAAUAUGAAAUAAGAUGUCUACAAUCCAUCCGCACUGUCGGCUCAUGGUUAAAUCAUGCACUGUACCUCUCCCAUUAUACAUUGUAUGUCAGUCAAAGAUAAACCUCUGCAUACAAACCAAAGCCUUACAUGGAAAAGAAAUAGCCAAUAGCACAAUUGAUAAACAUGCUCUGCUGACUUCAAUGCACUGCUUUUUUUUAAUACAGGUAUGUUUGUUUUGUGGCUAAUUUGCUAAAUUGAGACCUUUUUAAAGGGAUCAUGUGGGUUGCAGCAAAUUUAUGCCGCUAAUCACAGCAGUUCAAAAUGAAUUUUAUGUCAAGGGCAAGUCAUGUUUGUUGCAAAACUAUUAUUUAUUUCAUUUAAGUAACUGUCGUGUUUUAAAUGAUAGAUUUUGUUUGAGAAUCCUCUGUGGUGUAUCGGUUUGUUUACAUGUGGAAAUGUCAUUGACACUGACAUUGAAUUAAUUACCUAGAAAAGGUCAUUAGUGACCAGGACUAUUUUUGUUUGGAUCAUCUUGUGAGAUGUAGGUUGUGACCUAUAAUGGAGUUUGAUGUGAAGAUUUUGAUUUGAACCAGAUCACUUCAUAUCUUGCUGUGCUUUCCUUUAAAACUUCAUUCGUGUUUGUACAAAUCCUGGAACGUGUUUUUGACGCUACCAAUACUUUGUUUCAAGAAAGAUUCCUAAAGCACUGUAUGUCAUAUCAAGGAGAGGAUUUUGAAAAAAUAAAGUAAGGUUUCCUGUUAGCAAA